UCCUCCUCGUGCACGCGUUACACCGGGCUCCAGUGUCAUUAGUGUGAAACACUCCCGUCGGGGGGAUUUCGACACCGCUUUUUCUUCUCCCUCCUGGAACAGCGGCCGCUCGGCGUGUGCGUGCGUUUUGCGUCGCGGCUCCGCCCGGUGCGCGCGGUGCGGACACUGACUGCUCCACACAUCUGAAGACUUUAUUGGAUUGACCGACAGCGGCGCGAGAGGACUAUAGUGUCGCCCCCCCACACACCACCACCACCACCACCCCACGCAGGACAAAGAACACGGGAGGGGGAAUUAAGGAGAGGAAAGGAGGAAUGAAAAUGGAUACCCGCCUCGUCACGCUCGUCUCCGGUCUGUUAAUGCUCGGCGGGUGCUUGGCCCGCGUGGUGACGGUGUCCCCGGGUCCGUUAGUCCGGGUGGAGGGUCAGCCGGUCUCCAUCCGAUGUGACGUCAGUGACUACAGCGGACCUCGUGAGCAGGAUUUCGAGUGGAUGGUGUCCAGGUCGGCGAACGGCGGGCGGAUGAAGAUAAUCUCCACCUUCGACGCCGGCUACUCCCACCAGUCGCUCAGCAAGCGCGUGGCGUCCGGCGACAUCGAUGUGGCGCGUAUCCAGGACGACGAGGUGGAGCUGAAGAUAGCGGAGCUGAAGGCGCUGGACGCCGGUUUCUACUGGUGCCAAACGCCGAGCACCGACUCUGUCAGCAGUGGCAACUACGAGGCGCGGGUCCAACUCGUUGUCAUCCCCAACACCCUCAGGGUCUCCCCCUUGACCCCGCCCUCAGAGGUCCCAGAAGGAAGUGACCUCACGCUCUCCUGCAACGUCACCCGGGAGCUCACCCACCCCACCUACCUGUCCGUCACCUGGUCGGUGAAGAGGGGCGCGACAUCGGAGGACAUUUUGAUAUUCGGCCCCCAGGGAGACGUGGUCACGGGGGCGAAGUACGCCCGGCGCUACGCCGACGGAGGCGUCCGAUUGGUCCCCGGGCGGAACGGGCUGUUCGAGUUGGUGAUUUCCAAAGUGACGACCUCCGAUGACGGGAUUUAUGAAUGCAACGGGACUGAGUGGACGCAUGAGAACGGGGGCAAGUGGAUCAAGAUCGUGGAGAGCAAAAAAGAGAUGGGGACGGUUGCCGUGACUCCCACAGGUCAGUCCCUCAGUGUGAAGGCUUCAUCCUCCCCUCCAUCCUCCUCGCCGCCGCUCCUCUCCCCCGGCGGGACGCUGACCCUCCUCUGCUCCGUCGCGGCCGACAACCUGCCCGUCCUCGCCCUGGAGGUGGCCUGGCUGGCCGACGGGCGCGACAUCGUCACCAUGGAGCGCAGCGGCGUGGUGAUCUCGAACACGUCCUCGAGCGGGGCGCCGGGGAAGAGGGCCGAGGCGAGCCUGGAGCGGACGGGAGCCGGAGAAUACAGGCUGGCGGUGAGGGGGGUGACCGGGGAGGACGCGGGGGCGUACGCCUGCCGCGUCCGAGCCUUCAUCGAGAAAGGAGGAAGGAGCUCGGGAGGAGGAGGGAGGUGGCACAUGGCGGCUGAGAAAACAUCCAGCCCUGUGACGGUGAAGGUGGCGCAGACCAAACCGAGCUUCACGGUGACCCUGGAAGCCGCCCUCAACCCCCAAGGGACGGCUGAACCCACGGAGCUGGCGUGUCACGUGACCAACAUUACCCAUCUACCCCCUGGGGGCCGACUGGGUGUCAGCUGGGAGCACACCACACUUCCUGGUAUCGGGAACGACCCUCAGACCUCGCAUCCCAUCGGCUCCCUGGACGCCCAUGGCAACCUGUUGCCGGGAGCGAUGUAUUCUGACCGGCUGAAGAGCGGCGUGAUGACUCUGACCAGAGUCCAGCCGCACACAUUCAAACUACGCUUCCUCCGCACUCAGGAGAUCGACAUGGGCCAGUACGUGUGCAGCGUGUCCUCGUGGAGCGUUAACGGCCAGGGGGACAUGGUGAACACCGCCGUGCACCAGAGCUCGCCGCUGGCUGUGCGAUGGGAUGCCAAACUUCCCACUCUGAACGUCGUGGCCAAACGCGUCCGUGAAGCCUCGGUGGGCGGGGCUACCUUUGAGAUGAGCUGCACCGUGGCCACCGGGAACCUCGGGGAGGCGGGCUACUCUGUGCUCGUCCAAUCACAGGACAGCCUGGAGGGCGCCGUGAGAACCAUCUUGACCCUCAGCCCCGACAACGUCCUGCAGCACGGAGGAGCCACAGACCCCAACAGGAGAGACAGUCUGGUUCUGACGAAGUCUGGCCCGGCAGAGUUUCGGUUUCGACUGGCGGGCGUCCAGCUGGCCGACAGAGGUUUCUACUGGUGUGACAUCACCGCGUGGACCAAACAGCAGGCGGGGCAAGCGUGGACCAGAGCCACCAGCGCAGAGUCCAACAAAGUCAAGAUCGACUUUCAGGAAAAUGGCCCGUCCUUCGCCGUCGACCUCCUAUCGGACACCUCCAUCGUGUAUCCGUGGGAGACGGCCAAGAUGGACUGUUCGCUCAGCGUCUCUGGAUCCUCCCCGAAGACUCGCGCACUCGCAGACGACCUGGCGUACGAGGUGCGUUGGUUUUUCACCCGACUGCGCGGCGGAUUGACGACGACCCAGGUGGCCAGCGUUGACCGCUUCGGCGUCGUGAGGAAAGACACCCGUAACUCGUCCAGCGACGUCUCGGUGGAGCGCAAAGACACGCACACCUACGUGUUGAACAUCCACGGCACUCAGGACAGCGACAGCGGGGAGUAUCACUGCGAAGCCACGCCCUGGUACCUGUCGGCCUCCACGGGAGUCUGGACUCAAGCCGGGGAGCUGACGUCAUCUCGAGUCUUCCUUACGGUCCGCUUUGCUGUGUGGGAGUCCCUAAAGCUGCCUCUCUUAUAUGGAGUCGCAGCCUCAAUAGGUGUGGGCCUCUUCUCUCUGGUCCUGGGGCUGGUCUGCGCCCAUUGCUGCUGCCGCAACACCAUUCACACGCCGCGCUCGCGCAACAAGCUGAUGGAACUUGAGAUGGACUGACAAACACUUUCCCCCGCGCCCGCACACUGCAGCGCUCACAGGAAACACAACAGGCACGCGCCCACAGACCAUUUCUGGGACACCCAGUUGUUUCCGUGCGACGGACGUUGGCAGUAAAAAAAAAAAUAAGAAUUUAUAAUAAAAAGAAACGCCACAUCGCAUCGGAAACGGCAGCCUGACUCGUCACUUCAUGGUUUCCUCAGCUCUGCAGUGGAGGAGCGGGGGACUUUUACUAGGACUUCAAUUUCUAUGAAGAUUGAAAUAAUAACAAAGAACAUAGAACUACAAGACUCUUUUUUUUUUUUUUUGUUUGGGAGGAACGGGGAUGCUUCUUAAGACAUCACUGCCACUUUGGAAUAAAGGACCACUAAACAGAUCUGCUAACAUGCGGAGCGCUCCCGCUGGACUACUUUUUGUUUUCUUCCGAUGCCGAGGCCCAGGGUGCACCUGUACCUGCACCUCGGCGUGUCCCGGUUAAAUCACAUUGCGCAAGUCUUUUUGUAUUUGCCGAGACUGGCUGAGCCUUAUCUCCGUCGUACGGGGCCCCGGAAGUCCGAGGAAAACGAAACUGUAUUGCACUUCCACCCCAGAGUAUUCCUUCCUUAACUAAAUGAUUUAUUCUCAACUCUAGUUUUCUUUCUUUCUUUUUUUUUAAUUGAGAGAUUUUAAAAUGAGUUUUUAAGCUUUACAAUGAGAUAUGCAGUUUGUGUGUGAGAUGUAGUGUACGUGGUGCCAACGUUGUGAUCUAACCGAGGUGCGAAGUGACUUUUCUAGAUAUUCAGAAAUGUAUCCUGCUGUUGUUUGACCAGUGUCGUGUGUGUCGGUGUGAGUGCCGUGCUACAGUGUGUGAGACCAAGAGUUGCAUGAACUAGCCUCACGCUUUUUAUGACAUUAAAGCCUCCCACAUGGACAUUACUCCACGUUUUGACAGGAACAAAAUCAUGCACGUUUUAUCAGUUUUAAACGUUUUGGCAAACGGAUUUCUCUCCGUCAAUCACAGGCCGGUGACGUGGUUAGCCUAGCUUAGCAUAAACACUGCAAGUGAGGGGAAACGGCUAGCCCAGCUCUGUCAAAAGUGAAUAUAUUACAGUUUGCAUACGGAUAAAAACUAUUUUAAUACAUUUUAGCGAGCCUUUUCUCUCUGCUUCCAGUCUUUAUGAUAAGCUAACCAUGUUCUGACCAAACACACGGACAUGAGAUCGAUCUUAUUUAACUCUUUUUUUUUUUUGUAUAUGCCUAUUUCCCAAAACCACUCUUUUAAACGUCACAUGGCUUCGAUGAGUUUAAAGGACGUUUUUUGGUGAAUCCUCAAACGUGGCUAACCGGAGCGGGUGUGUUUUUGAGAAGAAGCCGUUCCCGACGUGUUCCAGCUGACAUCUUUUUGGGCGUUUUUUCUUUUCCAGCAAACGGACGAAUAGUUGUAUCACGUUGACGUCUGUGUGAACGCAGCCUCACAAGUUUCAGUCCAAACCCAGCGGGAUCCAAACAGACCUGUUUGUGAGCCAGGCUGCGUUUCCUCCUCCUCCUCACUGGGCACCGACGGGCCUUUUUUUUUGUUUUUUUUUAAUAGUUUUUAGGUAUUUUAAGCAACUAUCAGAACUCUAUGAGCAAUAUCAGGCCGUAGUCAGGUCACAGCGCCUGUAGAGCUGCACUCGGGACAUCAAACGGGGGUUUUCUGAUCCGUGUGUGUGUGUGUGUGCUUUGCCUUGAUUGACGGUGCUUCCAACAUGUCUCCCUAAAACCCACUCUCCAGGUGUGUGUGUGUGUGUGUGAGGCAGUAUUCAUCAUUAACACACGUUCACAGUACUGGAGCACACAGGUGAAUGACAGGGCUCCGUGCCAAACGCUCUCAACAGUAAACGACAACAACAACAACAACGACUGCAUCGACGCACGCCGCUGCAAGCGUUCUCUCUCUGAACCUUUUUUUUUUUUGGGGUCAUUUUAUCGCAACCAGUAUGACGAAUCAUCAUGAUGAUGUUGUUGUUUUUUAAUAAAUAGA